GGAGCGGAGUGUCUCAGAGGCUGUGCUCCUUCCAGAGCCCAAGGACUUACCAGCUUCUUCCCGCUGCCUUCCUGUGCCAACAACCCCCCCAAAAGUUGUGAUGCUUUUCUUUACCCAGUGCUUUGGGGCUGUGUUAGAUCUCAUUCACCUCCGCUUUCAGCACUACAAGGCUAAACGGGUUUUCGCCGCCGCUGGGCAACUUGUCUGCGUUGUAAACCCCACGCACAACCUAAAGUAUGUGUCCAGCCGACGCGCCGUCACUCAGAGCGCACCAGAGCAAGGCGGCUUCCCCCCUCACCACCUCACCCACCACCACCGCCCCCACCGCCCCCACCACCACCUCCGCCACCACGCCCGCCCCCACCGCCUCCGCCACCAGGAGGCGGGGCUGCACGCCGCCCAGGGGACACCCUGCACGUGCCCCUUGUUCUCCUGCCAGUGGGAAGGCCACCUGGAGGUGGUGGUGCCCCACCUGCGGCAGAUGCACAGGGUUGACAUCCUCCAGGGAGCGGAGAUAGUCUUCCUGGCCACGGACACGCACCUCCCCGCCCCAGCCGACUGGAUCAUCAUGCACUCCUGCCUCGGCCACCACUUCCUGCUGGUGCUCAGGAAACAGGAGAGGCACGAAGGGCACCCCCAGUUCUUUGCCACCAUGAUGCUGAUCGGGACCCCCACCCAGGCCGACUGCUUCACCUACCGCCUGGAGCUCAACAGAAACCACCGGCGUCUCAAGUGGGAGGCCACCCCCCGGUCCGUUCUCGAGUGCGUGGACUCGGUGAUCACCGACGGGGACUGCCUCGUCCUCAACACCUCCCUGGCCCAGCUCUUCUCCGACAACGGCAGCCUCGCCAUCGGCAUCGCCAUCACCGCCGCCGAGGUCUGCUCCGCAGAAGCCGAGGUGUGAAGCCAGAGGCCAACGGACGUUCCCGCACGGCCCCCCCUCCGCCGAGACACUCCGCCUGUGGC